UAUUUACUAACAAAUCAGAUAUAGAUAAAUUAAAAUAGCUACCUAAUAUCUUGUGUUUCUCAAUGUGUGGUCCAAUUAACAUCAGAUCAGUCCAUCAUAAAAGGCAAAAGCAUCCCAAAUCCAUUGUUAUUGCAUCAAACAUUUUUCAUCUUCUGAUUAAUUAGUUAAAUAGUUCAAAGAUGAGUCAAUUUGAGCUGGUAUUUGUGCCUACCCCAUCCAUCGGUCACCUUGUUCCGUUUUGCAAGUUUGCUGAGAAGUUGGUUGAUAGAGAUGAAAGGCUAUGUGUAACGAUUCUCAUUAUAAGGCCACCACCACCAUGGGGUUCUACCCUAGAUGCCUUCAUCGAACGAAUCUCCUCUGCUCCUGAGGGCAAUCGAAUUAGAUAUAUCAUACUUGCUCAAAUCGAACUGCCAUCUUUAGAAGAACUAGCAAAGUCUAUUGAGAACUACAUCUCUCUUUUGAUAGCAAGUUAUCGACCCAUUGUUAAGGAUGCAAUUAUCAGCAACAAGGCAUGGCCUGCUACUGAUUCGAACCCGAAAAUUGUUGGAUUAGUCAUUGAUAUGUUUUGCACUUCAAUGAUUGAUGUAGCAAAUGAACUUGACAUUCCUCCUUAUCUUUUCUUCACUUCUGGUGCUGCUUUUCUUGGUUUCCUGUUUUACUUGUCCGUUUGGCAUGACCAAUUUGGGAGAGAAUUUAAUCGAUUUGAUGGCGAUUUAAAUAUAGCAGCCUACGCUCAUCCAGUACCCUCAAAGUUCUUGCCUUCUUUUGCAUUUGUCAAGUAUGGUUACGACUCAUUCCGCAACCAUGGUGUCAGGUUCAAAGAAACCAAAGGAAUUAUCAUCAACACAGUGGAGGAAUUCGAAAGUUACGCUGUCAAUAGCUUAGCAUCUGAUCCUGAAUUACCUCCAGUAUACACAGCAGGAUUUCUUCUCAACUUUGAGGCACAAAAUAGUAACGGGAAUUCAAAGUCUGAAGAUGAAGAAAUCAUGAAAUGGCUAGACCAGCAGCCACCUUCCUCUGUUCUUUUUCUGUGCUUUGGAAGCGCGGGUAUUUUUGAGGAACCACAGCUUAUCCAGAUGGCAAUUGGACUUGAACAAAGUGGGGUUAGGUUCUUGUGGUCAAUACAUCUGCCUGUGGAUGCUGAAACUACCAAGUUAGAGGAAAUAUUGCCGGAAGGGUUCUUGGAGAGGACAAAAAACAGAGGAAUAGUAUGUGGAUGGGCACCCCAAGUCGAUAUCUUGGCUCACAAAGCCACCGGAGCAUUUGUAUCUCAUUGUGGAUGGAACUCGACCAUAGAGAGUGUAUGGCAUGGAGUACCAAUUGUGGCAUGGCCCCUUUAUGCAGAACAACACAUUAACGCAUUUCAAUUGGUGAAUGAUCUGGAGGUGGCAGUCGAGCUGACAAUGAAUUACAGGAUGCGCGAUAGUGAUCAUAGCGAAAUUGUGAAGGCAGAGGAGAUGGACAAAGCAAUAAGACGCAUAAUGGACAGAGAAAACCCCCUGAGGAAGAGAGUGAAGGAGAUGGGAGAGAUUUGCAGGAAUGCAUUGACGGAAGGUGGGUCUUCGUUCAUUUCUCUAGGACGAUUCAUUGAAACUAUUCUUGAUUCCUAGAAUUUUUACAUUCACUAGUAAAGUCUUGUUUCACAUCAGUAUGCUACUAUGCAUCAAAUAAACGGUAUUAUUAAGGUAUGGGAUUACCUAGUUCAUGAUGCUUAUGAGAUGCAUUCCGAUUUUGAAUUAGGUGAUCAUGUUGAAGAAGCUCCUGUUGAUAUAUCUUGAUUUUUAUAAGCUGCUAGCCCUUCUUUAUAUGAAAGGAGUCUGCACUUGUGCUUGAGUAUUGUUUUUAGAUUAUUAUCAAAUUGGAUUGGAUUACUC